AGUGCCGUCCGAUCUCGACGAGGAACUCCGCCGAGGGAAAUCCCGCGAUUCCGAUUCUCGAGGAGGAUUCAAUCCGUCGCGAGGAACCACGGGGCCAUCUUUCCCGUCGCGUGCGCGCGCGUGCGGAACCGAGUGCAAAAAUCUCCGCGAAGAACUCCGCGUCGCGUCGCAUAGAUAAGAUCGUGAGUGCUUUAAAUAUCCGGACAUUGUUUUCGAUCGAAAACCUCCCUGGAUGCUCGAUCGGAUCCCGGAUUAAGGACCUCUCUCGCUCUCGUCCUUUUCUUAGCCCAAGGUACUUCUUAGAUUAAUUAGAUUCGCGGCUGUUGUUCUCCAAAUUGACUGAUCGCGAGUUCUAAAUUGACGGCUCAUUGUUGUUCUCUCGGUGAACAUCUAGAUUAGCCGGUCCUUUUCCAGGCCGCGUACGUAGUCUCUGUAAUCCAAAAGGAUACGAGGAGAAAGAGGACCAAAAUUAGUUCGAAUUGAAACAGUUGAGAAACUCAGCGUCCCGCGCGAGCGUCGGUGUCAACCGGAUCGACGCUCCGUCAUCGAGACAUCGUCGUCGUCGUAAACGUGCUUCUCGUCUUCGUACGACCGAGAGUUCAUCGGGUGCGGCGCAGCGUCUUCAAUGCGGCACGGAUCGUCGACGAGCGGUCCUCGAACGGUCCUUCCGAGGCUUGAUGGCCCUUGAGGGCUAAGAGAGAAGGGAAGGAGAUGACGAGGGAGCCAUGAGCACGGCGGACACCGCGCUGUCAAUCUCGAUCAAGAUGGCCCCAGGGCCGGAACACCGUCAGGAACCGGUAGCUCCUGACAAAAUCGCCGAGAGCGAUCGUGCCGCCGACGUCGACGCCGCUGCCUCCGUCGUCGCCGUUGCUGCCGCCGCCACCGCCGCCGCCGAUGUUGUUAUCGAUGUAGAGAACGUCAACGUCGCAUCGACGACCGGUAGCGACAACAGCAACAACAGUAACGACAACAACAACGACGACGACGACGACCACCCUGUCGCCGUUGCUGCCGUCGCCGUCACCGCCGCGGAGCAAACUUCGAACAUCGAGAUUGCUCCGGCUAAUUUUGCCGCUGGCGCCGCCGAUUCGAUCAGCUCGCCGCCGAGCAGCGGCGCCGACAGCAAACAGGAGGAACCACCAACCCUGUCUAUGCUAAAUGAUAAUGAGUUACGGGCUUUACUGGAUGAAGCUAUAACAUACAAACGUCCGAAAGAUCGGGAAGGAAAGUCUAAUCUUUUUAAGGAACUUUUGCAAGAGGCAGAAGCGGACGAGACUGAGGAAGGCCGUAGAGUGAUAUCUAAUUCACGCUGUCUUCCGGGCUCAAAUCGCAGGAGGCAUAAACGGGAGUCUGUGUCCGAGCGUUUGACACACGGCGGAUCAUUGCAGAAUUUAGCGCAGCCUAUAGCUUCGGAAUUCGAUAGUAGUUUUGCUUAUCUGACGUCUAGUUCGUGUCAUACUUACGGAAGUAGUAGGAGGAAGAAUAAAAAAUACACAGGACCCAGUGUCUCUGCUAGACAGAGAGAAGGUGGAUCAUUACCGUCGAAUGUAAAUGCAUCGCAUAACCUUGCUUCUUUGGCUAAUUUAGAUCUAACAUUCGAUAAGAAGAAGAGCUUCUACGAGGAACGGUCAGCUUAUGAUUGGACCAAUAAGGAAAAAUCCAAGUCUCUAGACAAACCAUCGUACACCAGUACAAAGAAAGAGGAGAAGGAGAAAGAGAAAAAGGAAUUGAAAAGAGACACCGCUGGUAGUUCAGGCGAGGGAGAAUCUGAAACACGAGAGAAACGAGCCAGCAAAGGAAAAUACGGAACAAAUGAAAUGCUGGAGUCAGAUAAUCCACCCCCGGAAUAUAAAUCGGAUUACAUGGUCAUCGAUUUGGGUGAUGUUGAGGUAGGUGCUAUCAGUGAAAGAAAUGUAGGAUCUACGGCAAGUGGGAUUCAGAGGCCUCGCUCGUUAGACACUGAAAAUGAUGAAGGGACCGAAUUGAAAAUUAUCGAACCGCGCAAACCGAUCCAUUAUGUCACACGAGCAACUUUCGAUAUAACACAGACACCUGUGGACACCACUAUAGAGUUUCCUAUACGUGAUCAUAAGCAAGAGAAAUCAAAAAUGUCUGUUAAUGGUACAGAGGUGACAGGGGCAUUGUUUCAACCACACAACAGCGUAAAAUGCAGUAUAGGUGGGGCUUCAAAUGGUUCUAGCACUAGCCAGAGCAAAAUCGUACCUAGUUUAUGCUCCGUGAUGCCGGCAUCUUGGCAAACGCAAAAUAUAACAAUGGAAGGUCCCAGGUAUACAACGCAGCACAUCACGAUGAAAGAUCCAUCCGUGUCGGGGGAGAAGAAGUCGUUAGACGAAAACGGAAACGCUGUGCAGACAUAUAACGGUGAACGGAAGAAGCCUAGGAGAAAACACACUCAGGAACACAAUGUCAAAGUUUACAAUGCCGAAAAUGUCGAAGGCCAUCGUAAGGAUAUCGUCGAAGAUAUCGACAGUCUAAUUAACUUCAUUGAGAAUAAGGAAUCCAAGAGCAAAAAGGGAAAGACCGGUAAUCCCGUUAGAGUGAAGAUUAGUUCCGGCACAAAACCGAGAACCAGGGAGAAGGAUACAAAGAGAGAACAGUUGCCUUCCAAGUUAAAAAAAUCUAAUUCCCUAGAAGAGAUCUCGAAGACAAAAUUAGAGGAUCUCACGACGGAGAAAAGUGUUAGUUCCAGCGGUGCCAGCAGCGUGUCCAGUCAACACGGCGUAAAUAUAGCAUUGCGACGUCCGAAACAAAGAAGCACCGGAGAUGCGACAGUUGAUAGUCGAGGCGACAGGCGAUCCUGGGGGACAGAGGAAGGUCAGUCGAUAUAUUGCAAUGACACGGGAGAAGAUUACACGAGCCGUCGUAAUUCCAACAAAAAGAUUAAUCCGGAACCGGAGCACGAGACGGAAUUUCUGGUAGUUACGAAAAAGAAAAAGAGCAAGAAACAAAGAAGAAGCUCCAGUGGCGGCAGGGCGCAAAACCUGACGACAUCAGGAUCGUAUCUCCAGAAUUCCAGAGGAUUCUCUAACGACUAUAGGACACCUCUUUCUCCCGAACUCCGAAGAAAAUCGGCUAGCAGCAUGCCUCCGAGCGACAAAUCGGCAGAUAGUAGCGAUUUGGAUUCAGUUCACUCGUUGCCGGUUACAUCGAACACCUCAAAGCACAAUUUGGCCAAAGUUGCAACAUCGUCGGGCGGCACUCCGCAGGCGAGUUACGCGGACAUAGCGCGCAUGGCUACCAUCAACAUGACACACAAUCUGACCAUGUCCGCCAUGCUAAACACGUCGUCGUGGCCCAGUGUUCCACCCAAGACCCCUUCAGAACCGGAUAAAGUGCCUCAAGAUUAUUAUCCGAGUCUAGACGAGUUGCAGCAUUCGGAGAGGAAAGCUAGGCAGCAACAGGCCCAAUCGAACCAUGCAGCAGCGAGUCUGGGUCUGGCUUUCGAGAAGCCACUUUCGCCGACUCUGACGAAGAUGAAAAAUUCGUCAGAUCGAAAGAAAGCCGAAGCUCAGGAAGAGGCCAUCAAUAAGAACAUCCAAGUGUUUAAAUAUGUGCAAGAUAUCGAGAAAAUGCACGAAAGCCUAACGCAAGCAACAGAACACAAGGAACAGAAACAUGCGAGUUGUAGCAAUUACAGCCCGAAUUCAAACGAGACUACCGCGAUAAACGCCGUAACGCCAAGAUACAAUAAUAGUACAACGAUGAAUUAUAAUCCAGUCGAUAUCGAUAACAAUCCUAAUUGCACCGUCAACAAUAAAGAUUCUGUUACGUUUCCACGAGUCAACAAUCCUCGCCCUCGUAGGAAUUACGUACACAGUAAUCAAAAUGUACAAACUCAGGGAAUGUACGAAGAGCAACACGUUAAAAAGCCUGCGUCUUCUUAUCACGAGGAGGCAGUCAAGAAAUCGCAUAAUACCGACGUCCCGCAGUCCGAGAGCAAGAAUAAUCCAACGUGCGCGUCGCACGACGGCGCGGACGCGCAGAAGUUGAAAACUGCGAAACCUACGCAGGACUCGCAGAGCGUUGAAUCUGAAUCUGGAAGUAACAAGACGACUAGCAGCGAUCCAAGGACAGCGAGGAUCGCGAAGGAGUAUCAGAACACCGCGAUGAAGCACGAUGCAAAAGUGGCAGUCUGUCAACCGCAAAACUCGAAACAAGAUAAUCAGCAGCGCGACGACGUGGAAAGCAAGAAGACGAAAUCGCCGAACACGCAGUCCGAUAAGGACCAGUCGCAAAGACCGUCCGCGGAGACGCAGCAGACGAAGAGUUCGACUCCUAGACCCGCGGUGAUCCUGUUGGACGAAACUUCCUCGGACAUCGCGAAGAACAACAAUCUGCCGACGGAACUCACGUUUGGCUUCGAGAUAAACGAGUUGCUGCUCUCGGAGGAUAACGGCAACGAGGAGGCGACUCCGACGAUCACGGCGAAUCCGGCUUUUUCCCCGGCCAUACCGCCGCUCGUCAAUAAACCGCCGCCCAACAAUUUCGAGAGGAAUCCGCCGUUGUUCGCCGAGAAACCCGUGAGAUACGACAAGUUCUCGUCCAAUUAUCACAUGCAGCAGCCGAACGCUCAUCCCGUGACGCCUGUGCAUCCGGUCAUGGUGCAACCGUUGCCGUACAUGAGCUAUCCCACCAGAUUCGCGCCACCCACGUAUCUGCCACCGCCGCCUCCACCGCCACCCGGAAUCAUGGAGAAGUUUCACCCGCCUAAGGAAGAUUUCUCUAUGCUCUACGUAGCGCCCGAGGAAGAACUGAAUGUGCAGACGUACAACCACGAUAAGAUCGUGUCGUUCGUUGGCUUAGCAUGGGACGCUGUCAUGAGAGAAAUGCCAGUGACAACCGGCCGUAUACAGUUUUACAGCGGACAGUGAAGUUAGAAAGUUUUCGACGCGACGAAGGCAAUAGGCAAUGACAGUAACUUUUGUACUGGUAAACCACUUCCAUUGCAAAUAGUUAGUUUGAUGAGUCUCGGUCACGUUGAUACGCGAGACCAAGUACUCCUACGUGCUACGUGCACGGUUGCUCCUUUCGGGACGGUUAAAGUUCGUUCGGAGAAUCUUGCUUCUUCGAGUCGAACGCUAAGAUCGCUGUGUCAACGCGCGAGAUCGGUGAAGCUGAGUGGUGCAAAGUGUGCCUCAAGAGAUAAUAAUAGCAAUGUACAUAUAAUCAGUCAACAAAAACGAAGGGGAAAAAAGGAUAAAGUGUAUAUUCCAAGUAAUGUACAUUGUACUUGCUAAAUUUCCAACGAUGGUGACAGUCGCAGAACUUCAGUAUUGACAAUUAGGAACGUUUGAUCGGAAAACAUCCUCUUUCUUGGGAGAGAGAUGUAUCUUUGUUUCUUUGAGUGCAGGGAACUUCCAGCGUACGAGCCACGCGUGUAUAUACGUCAGACAUCUCUAUAAAUUUUUUGAAGAUUGUCUUGGUUUGUAUAAUCGGUGUACAAUUGUAAGAAGUGCUUGGAAGAAAACGCUACGCAGCGAGAUAUGGACUUGUAAUAACCAGGUCUACCAUGAGAGGCGAGCCUCGAUGGAAGAAUCUCGUCCAUCGACAGUGGUAUCUCCUGGUGCCUUUGAAGUCACGAAUCUUUAGGCAAGUCAGUGGGAAAGUGUUGAAGAAGCCUGCACUAAUCACAUCGAGUCGAGAAAUCUAUCAGAAGUAUCGUAGAACGUCUGUAAGUAGUUUCGAACUCUCGAACUGAGACGAUCUUUAAAUCGACAUCAUGGAAGAUUAUGAACCAACGGGUUAUGAUCGGUGAGUCGAAAUAUGACGAAGGUCAGAAUAUAUACAGAUAUUGUACUUUACUCGAUAAAUACAAAUUAAGACGACUGUAAAUGAAAGAGAUGUAAAUGCGCGGUUGUGUGUAAUAUAUCGAAGUAGCGUGGUCGACUUAGAACUCAGAGUGGCUGCUUCUUCCAGUUGUGGAGCAUUCGAUAGCUUAAAAUAAUAGGGGGAAAAAAAAACAAGAUGGUCACUAACUGAGUUUCGUCAAAGAAAGCUCAAAAUCUGGUCAAAUGUCUGUGAAGAAUGCUGAAUGAAUCGCAAAAACGUUAAAUUUUUACACAGACUUGCUUAUUUAAUAAAAAAUAACUGAUAACUAUUCGUAAUGAUAAUUAUAAGAAGAUGCUUGUGAUCAUAAGUAAAUAUACAAUGGUGUGAAUGCGUGUGUGCGUUAAUUUCAUGUAGACCGUGAUCGGGUGAUAAUGAGGGUGAGAUUGCUGUUCGAUUUGAGGUAGGAGGCAUUGCCCCGGGAAUGCACGAAGGUAAUCCGUGUGCACUGUAUUAAUGCGUAUCGUUUGCUCAUUAAAGGUAACUCGACUUUCACUUAAAGCUCCACACACGCGAGAUACGUUCCCAGUUCCUAAGCUUUCGUUUCGUCGAAUUUAUCUUUACCAACAAACGACGAUCCGUCAAUUUCUGAAACGUGCGGGGAUUCUCUUGCAUUUUUCUUCCUUGUUUUCCGAGGCGUUUAAUUUACAGGCGUAAGAAGAAAACGUGCACGCGUUACCAUUUCGAUGAGGUAUAUGUGGAUGAAAGCAUAUACGCGCUGUAAUAUAAACGGAAGUAUAUAUACGGGGGGGUGGAUCUCUUAAACCUUUUCAAUUAAACUGGAGGUGAAAAAGAAAAAGAAAAGAUAUAUAAGCCGUAUCUUAAAUUCGUAUGCCUGUAAAUGCCUAAAAAACAAAAAAAUUGAGCCUAAGAGAAAUAAUAACGCAUGUAAUGCUGCUUUUAACUACUGUAAUUAUACGGUUUUUAAAUAUAAGUCUAUAUGUACUUCUGUAAACCUCAGGGGACACUGCAGGGGUCCGCGGUAUCGUGCUCCAAAUAUUACUGAACGGAUUAAAUAUUAAAAUAACCCCUUUGCGUUUAAAAGCUAACUUUAGUUGCAUCUUUCAAUUCGUUUCGCGACACCGCCUCUUGUCGUCGGGACGCGAAAACACAUUCUAAAUAAUCGUUAUGAUUUUAUUAUUGACGUUAUUUUUCGCAUUGCGAAAAAACAACGUCGUUCAAUACGAGAAUAAAACCUUCGUACAGCAGUCUCAUACGUCUAUAUGGAAGAACAGAAUGAGUGGGAUGCGAAUCGUGGAAACUUAUCGCCUUCAUAGGUAAUGAUAAAAAAAAAAACAAAUUAUCAUAGAUAAGUUUUCAUAUGGAAGCAUGAAAGUGUACUAUAGUAUUAUAACGCGAGUUAAUUAUGAUUAAUGAAUUAAUAUUGGUCAAGUUUGUUAUAUAUCGUUCUUUCUUUGCGAAGAUAUCAAAAUUGUGUAAAAACGAAAAAAAAGAUAGUCGUGCUCCGUUGAUAAUUUUCAUGUUUUUGUCCAGUAUGUAGGAGAUAGUUCCAGCUGGAGGUACAGCUUUCGAGAUAAGCGAGAAAUCGAGAUAUUUAAUUGUACGACGCAAGCGUUUAUCGCGCGUAUCAAAGAGUAACUCGGAAAAAAAAGGUACGACCGUAGGCGGCAGCUAAAAUAUCCGUUACGGAUUUGACGAAGUGUCCCGAAGGGUCUCUUUCCUUUUCCCCUCCCUCUUUUUAAAGGGCAACUUCGCGGGAGACACGUUUCCGACGUUACGUUGACUGUGCCAGACGCCUUCACUUAUCCCUUCCUUCUUUUUUCCCCCCCCCCAAUUAUCACGUUUUACAUUCAGUUGCCGAUGUCGACGUUACAUUCCAAAAGUGCAAUCGCGAGAGCCGCCUUUCCACUCGUUUCCACGGAGAGAACUUUCUUUUAAACUCCUUCUCGUGCUUCUCCCAGAUUCUUCCCCUCCCCGCGUAUGUUGCUCCAACGGAGAAUGUACUGGUCGAUUUCUUUUCUUUUUUUACCCUUCAUUUCUUUUUUAUUUUUAUUUUACGUGUACACACACACAUACAUAUCACAUCACAUCACACCUCGACACGCUGCACACUCGUGAACGAUCUCGCAGUUAUUACUUUGACUGAAUCGCCUGCUCACGGACGGAUACCUCUUUUUCCGAGCUACUUCGACUCGACACGCGAAGGAACUACAAUUUCAAAAAGAAAAACGAAAAAAAAAAAUAAUAAAAGAAACAGAGUCAGGUGCUCCACUCGCCUUAAAUGCAACUGAAUGCAGUCUCAGCCUGUGCCAUGUUGACCGGUUCAAAUGGCUAAGUGAUAAGAGUUCGCGAAGACUAGUGCAAAUGUACUUGUGGAGAAGGACUUAAGCGAGGAAGAAAAAAAGAAGGAAGAGAAAGAAGAUAGGACCAUUACAAAACAAAACAAAACAGUGUACAUAGCGAGUGUGGGGUGGCGACUACGCCAACCAUGUGUCGCACGUGUAGAGUAUACAUAAUUAACGUUUUCUCUUUUUUUUUUUUCUUCAUUCGAUGGACACACGCGCGCGCGCGUGGGAACGCGCGGACGUUCGUUGCGGAACCGGCCGGGACCGACUUUUGUCUCUUUGAUCUGCAUCACGCGAUCAGGAUCAGGCGGUUAACGACGAGUAGAACGCAACUCGAGAAAAACGACGAGACGACGAGGAAGGAAAGAAACGACGAGCGAACACGGAACAAAGAGAAAAAAGAAGAAAAAAAAUCACAAAAAGGGAAAGAAAAGCUAAGUUAUACACGAAUACCUGUACGCCCCCCCCCCCCCCCCGAGCCCCCAGCCACCCCCUUACUGUUUUUGUUUAUAAGCGUUUAUGAAAAGGAAUAAAUAUAUGUUUAUUUUCUUUCACAUCGAUCUGCAUCUCCAUUCAUUCACAGAAUCUGUUUUAGCGCACCGUGUUUUCCGCCCCGGAAACGCCGGAGGUGUUUCGCCCUCGAGAGUCUAGCUCAGGUUUCGCCCCUUUAAUCUUUUCGGAGACGCUUCCCCGUCGCCCUGUUCCGGCGUCAGCUGUCCGUUAAUCGCUCGCUCGCGCGAAAACGCGAGAUGCAUCCGGAUCCGAUGUACCCGGCAGCCGAGUGUCGCGACUACCUCCGAGAGAUAAAUCACGCGCCAGCUAGCCGUUGUUCCCGGACGGAACGCAGACCGAGGAGCAAAAGUAACCGUCCGACGGGGUCUCGAGGGAAAUCGAUUCGACUACCCCUCCCCCCCUCAACGCUGGUCCCGCGCCGCUGUACAAUUUGUUACUCGAUAACGAAACGAUCCUCCUCUCGUAUUGUACAUACGACGCUGUAUCAUAUAACAUUGUAUGAUUAUUACCAACGCUACGGCAAAAUUAUCCAAUUAAGAUUACAAUUAAUGCCGCUAUUAUUAGUGAGAUAAUAAGUGAGAGAGCGAGUGAGAGAGUGAGAGAUACUGUGUAUAUCGAACUGUGGAUCUUACGUGCGCGUGAAAGGCUGUGCUGUCCAGCUGCAAAAUCCCUAACGAUGCGAGUGUGUCUGUUGCCAAAGUUUCCCCCUUUCGCGAGUGUGCGAGGUGAUAUCUGAUUGUCGAGGUCUCGUAAUCGCAUCGGCGAGCUUCGUCCCGGGGUGGCAAAUCAAAAACCCGCGUUCGUCGCCCCUCCGGGGUGGAAGCGACGCUGGACUUUCCUCCUCUCUUCUCGGGACUUCGCGGCUGAACCUACACGAAGAGAGAAGAAAAUCGCUCGCAGUCUCGUCUUCGUCCGUUUAAUUUCGGCGAAGAUCUACAGCUUUCAACUUCCUCUUUUAUUUUUUAUUUUAUCGAAUUUUACUCGGAAUCGAGAGUCUUCGGAGACUCCGUGUUAAAUCUGUCUCGACAGAUCGCUCGGGAGUACAGCGAUUCUCUCUGUACGCAUUGUCGAGCGUUCGCAGAAUUAUCCGGAGAGGGGCGACUUUCUUCCGAGGCUUCUUUAAGGAGAUUAACGUUCCAUUAGGAUGUUAAUAUUAAGACGUCGAAGCCAUCCGGCCCGCGUCAGCCCGGACAAGAGCGAAUUAUCGCCUGCGCGCUAUAUCUUUCCGUUGAACGACGACAGAUUGUUAAGGCACUACCGUACGAGAUGGAAAAUUGUAACGUUUUGCGUGAAAAAGCCGGGGGGGGAAAAAUCCGUAGGGAUCGUUACGAAGAAAGCGAAGAGAUAUAUCACGAUUUAUUCUCAGGUGAUGUAUUCACACGCACGUGUGGCUUAUUAUUUUGUUAAUAACUUGUCGGAUAUACGCCGAAGCUGUCGUGGACCACGGGUGUGAAGGGUCGUUCGGAAUCGUUGCCAUGGAAUGUGAAAGAACAUGCCGGAGUGUGUAUGAAUGAGAGUGGCAGAGAGAAAGAGAGCGAGAGGGGGAGAGAGGGAGAACGAGGAAGUGGACUGAACAUUUCGCUACUUGUGCGAGAGAAUUCCAACCCUCCCCGCGGAUGUGUUUCUGAGAGAGAAAGAGAGAGAGAUAGGAGAGCGUGUAGUGUCCGCCAUUUGGCCUUUAUGCUGUCUUACUUGCGAUUUCGUACAAGCUUUGCGUGCAAUACUGUGAUAAAAGAAAAAAGAAUGAGUCGUUCUCUAUUUCUCUUCGUCCUUUUCUCCUUUUUGAAGCGCAUGCACGUACAAUGUGAGAGAUCGGCGCACGUAUAUAAAUAUUAUAUAUAUGUCGGGAUAUGGUCGCCUGUUUUCAACCGGUCCCUUAAAGCGAGUCGCAAAUUUUCCGUUUAAUUCGCGUACAAUUCAUUUCCGAUAUACAUAUACACAUGCGCAACUUUUGAAUUUUUGUCUGGUACGAACUCGACGAACGAUUUAUCGUGGCCUAUCCGGUUCUUCUUUCCGCAGCGAUCGCUCUCGCGGUCCUCAUCGUGAAACCAUUAGUUAGUAGGAUUACGUGGAUUAGACAAGUUAACUUUCGACGAGUCUGUGUUGGAUAAUCGCAUAAUUUGUAUGGACAUCCGGACGCGUUAGCUUCGUACUGCCAUCGCAUUGACACAUUUGUUCCUAAUUGUUGCAUCGCAAGUUAAUAUAAGUUUAUAUUAUUGUUUGUUAUAUAUAGAUAUAUUGUGAGUAAAGCGGUGUUAGUUAUUAAAAGUGUGCUGAGAUAACGUAUCUCAGUUCCAUAGACAGUGGAUGAUACUUAUUAUCUCUUUGAUAUUUUACGUAAACUUCCAAAAUGACUAUAAUGAUAACAAUCUCGCGGCAAUCGCGCGUCAACGAAACGUGGUUUCGGCAAGGCGUCGCGGUCAUUAGCGCGUUUAAGGGGUGGCGAUUCGAAACAGGCGGUUCUCCUGAGAGGAUAAGAAUAUGUCCAUUCUAUGCGCUUCGCGCGAUUAUUUUCCGAAGCUAAGCGAUAGAUCGCUAGUUUGGCGUGUUAUUUUGCAUCCGCAGAGGCUACGACCUGUGAAUAAAUGGUUUUUGUUGAAAACGAUUAAUUGUCGGAGUGUAUGUGAAGAAAAUCCUGACGUCUGCAUCUCGAUAUAUCAUAAUGUAAAUAAUAACGAUAUUGCCGAAAAGAAA